AUGACUGUAUCCUAUCCAUCCCCUGUAUCCCUUUAACGGCUCUCUUCACACGAUGGCAUACUUGGGACUCCCUUGGAGAAAGUAUGCACGGCAGGAGAACAAUGGAGUGUGAAAAUCCUACCUCUACUACGCUGAAUGUUGAAAACAACACCUUGAAAAUGGACUAACAUUGCUGCAAUAUGCAUCCAACAUGAACAUAUCAGCAGCUUCAGUGAGAGGGAAGUGGAAUCAGUUCAGCUCCCAAGCUGGCCUGGAUCCAGAUAUUCUGCUUGAGAACCUGACCGCGGCAGAUGUUAAGUCCUGGUUUGAUUGGAUUGAGAAGAACUUCAAGGGUUCUAUUUUAUAAAGCUCACAGCGCACUUGCCAACUACUGGAGGACCUUGAAGAGACUUUACUUCAUGCAAAACCGCCAUGAAAUGGAGACC